AUGGACAAAUUUCUUAAAAGAAAAUCAACAAUAGUAGAAGAUUCAUCUCUUACACAAGAAACUUCUUCUAAGCAAAGUCAUGUAGAUGUGAACAAUCUUCCAUCUGACCCGGGGCUACGACAAAAAAUUUCAUCUUAUCAUCCUAACAAUCAGGAUGAAAUCAGAAGAGCAUAUUUACAAAAGGGUCCUUGUCAACCUCUUGACCACAAUUUUUCUCAAAGUGACAUUAGUGGAGUCAUGCGUCAGUUUGAUCCUGCUUGGGUUGAGCGUUUCCUUGAACUUUUACAAUUUCUAGCUGAUCACAAUGAAUUUGUCAAUGAAGUUGUGUUGAAGAAUAGUCCAAAAAAUAACAAGUUAUGUCAUCAAAAUAUUCAAAAAGAUAUUGCCAAUGAUGCUGUAAGUAAAACUACCAAUGCUAUCAUCAAGGAUCUUAGCAAUGAAUAUUUUUCAAUAUUAGUCGAUGAAUCUCAUGACGUGUCGAUCAAAGAACAAAUGGCUGCUGUUCUGCAUUAUGUAGAUAAAAGGGGUAUUGUUACUGAGCGGCAUGGAUUGAGCUCAGCAAGAAUACGUGGGCAAGGUUAUGAUGGAGCUUCUAAUAUGCAAUGUGCAUUCAAUGGUCUUAAAACUUUAAUUCUGAGGGAGAAUAAGUCAGCGUAUGAUGUUCAUUAUUUUGCUCAUCAACUUCAGUUGACUUUUAUUGCCGAUGCUAAAAAUCACAUUGAUGUUACUGAAGUUUUUUGCUUGGUUUCCAAUUUGGUGAAUGUUGUUAGAGGGUCUUGUAAGAGACGAGAUAUUCUUCGAGACACAAGUUACUUGUAG